GUCCAAAAAAGCAGUAAUUUUCUGGACCCCAUUCCCUUCUUCAUUUAUCCCUCUUUCACAUUUUGCUUUCCUUGCUGAUUAAAAACUCUGUAAAGGGCAAAAACUGGAGGACCUUCCCAUUCCAAAUUCAUCCUCCUUUUUUGCUCUUCCCAGAUCAUUCACCCAUAUUUAAUCCCUACUAACCUCAUCAAUUCUAUAAUCCAUAUCUCCGUUUUGUGUGUUGGAAAGGGGAAAAAAUAAGCCAUGGCCGAAGAGCACGGAUUCCAAUCUCCCGAAGGCCACCGCCUCUGCGCCAACAACUGCGGCUUCUUCGGCAGUCCAGCCACCCAGAAUUUCUGCUCCAAGUGCUAUCACGAUCUCUGCCUCGAGAACUCCGCCGAUUCCACCUCCGUCUUCCCCGCCCCGUUGACCACCGGCGGCGGAGGAUCUUCCGCUCCGGCGCAUCACGCGGCGGCGGCUGUAUCGAUCUCCCUCCCUGAGAAGGCUCAGAUCCAGGCUGCGCCGGCGGCGGCGAACAGGUGCUCGGCGUGCAGGAAGAAGGUCGGGUUGACCGGAUUCCGGUGCCGCUGCGGGGUGACGUUCUGCGGGACACACAGGUACCCCGAGAAGCACGCGUGCAGCUUCGAUUUCAAGUCGGUGGGGAGGGAGGCCAUUGCGAAGGCCAAUCCGCUGGUCAAAGCGGAGAAAUUGGAGAGGAUAUGAUGAUGAAGCUUAGAUUUGAUUUUUCAUUUUCUGUGUGUGGAUGAAUGGAUGGUGAAUUCAAGUUAAGCAGAUCGAUCGAUCCUUCCGUUUAGAUUUGGCCGCCGUUGUAGUGAAUUCGAUGUGUAUAAUUUUUGCAUUUUCUUAAAUUUACUAUGAUUUCGUUUAA